GACCACGCAGUGAGAUCGUGUUAUCUUCCGAAUAAAAUACAAGUCUACAAGAAACAAAGUUAAAAUGGCGCUAGUAUUUUGCAUAAGCUAAUUGCGUGGACAGUUAAAACGUAUCCAUCGACUCUUAUAGUCUUGUUGUAAUUAUAUUAGUUUCGUUUUAUACUAUUGUUGCCAUCCAAAGCUGUAAUCAUGUCUGAUGAAGAGCAGAUUGAGACUGAAGUGGAGGAAUCUACGACAAGAAUGCUGACGGCCGAAUAUAAAGACGGAAAACUUCAAAUAGUUGAGGUGUCACCGUAUCAUAAAGGCACAAAACUAGAAGCCCAGGAGAUCGAGGCUCAGGAAUCUGAAAGUGAGGACGGGCAAUACAUGCAGGUUUUAGACGGAGACAAAAACGUUGUGCUGGAUCUAUUGAAUUUAACGCUAGUUCGGUGCGGAGACGGUGAGCAAUCAUACAGACUGGUUGGAAACAAUGAUGAGACGGUGACGUGCGUGCUGGCUGAAGAUGAUGGUCAAAAUGAUCAAGAGUCAUAUGUGGUGGUGGAAGGAGGUUCAGACCAAGGACCCUUAGUGUUCCUGCAAUCAGAUCUCAGGACGGAGCCCAAACAACAGAAGCCAGUGAUGUCACCAACAGAGAUAUUGGAGAGAGCGAAGGCAUUACAGAAGGCGAAGAGUGUCCUGAGUCACAGCGGGGCGUCGCGAGGGCGAAGCUCCCUGCCUCCGCCGCACGAGCUCCUCUCGUCGCCCGCCUUCAAACUGUUCCUGUACUCUUGUAAACUUUGCAGUUUCAAAUGCAACGCUAUCAAGGAACUCACUAAACACAAGGCGUCCGAGCAUAGCGGGGGCGUCGGCAAGUGGAGAGGACGAGCCGCCGCCAGCUCGCUACAGUGUGCGAGGUGUCCUUACAGAGCUAACACACACUCACAGUUGAUUCGCCAUGUAAAGGAUCGUCACUUGGACAGCGGCAGCGAGUACUAGAGGAUGACGUCAGCGACACACACAAACACACAUGUAUAUAUACGUGUGUGUGUUAUUGUAUAUAAGGAAGGUCGUUGCACACAGACUGGGUGGAUGUCUCAUAUUGUGACUUGGAGAGUAUAAUCUGUUUUGUGUUCAAAAGUAAUUUUAAAAUAAAAUUAAAUAUAUAUA